AUGGUAUUUCAAAGUUUUACCUUCUUGAGCGCAAUGCUAUCUGUUUCUAUGGUCUGGACAAUGCCAACAACCUGUAGGCUUCAGGUAAAGCUGGUCGAAACAACCUUCAACCUACUUGAAGAAAUGACAGGCCAUUUUCCAUUUCAGUGCCUCCCAUACAACAUUUUGAUUGGAUUUCCAAAGGCUGCUUUCCAGUCUGACAGCUCUCAACAGUACAACAUAGGUGCCACGAAGGCUGUUUACGACGCCCUUAAAAAGAUAUAUUUACUGUUCGAGAACGACGUCUUUCCCGACACGUGGGAUGCAAAGACCCUGGACGUUUUCCAGAAUAUCCUCUACCGUCAGAUUGAGGAGAGCAAAUGUGUUAUGGAUUGGACUCAAGGAUCCCAAGACGAUUUUCCUGUCAGGGAACGUGUAUUAAGUAUUUUCUUCGAAAAAAUAACUACGUAUUUGCAAGAGAAGGACUUCAGUUUCUGUGCAUGGGAAACUGCUCGAAAGGAACUUCUGUAUGCUCUACGCUUCAUUCUGAAACACGCCAGCAAACACAUUUUAUGGUCAAGUGAGCAGCGCGGAGCAUAG